GGAGAGAGGAGCGGAGCUGCGCUGAGUUCCUGAUCUGAGUCUCUAACGGACAAUAAAACUGAGGAAAGAGUCAGAACUACAGGAGGCACUGAGUCAGAAGGAGAGCUGGAGGACUCCUGCUGAGGCAGAGCUUCACCGGAGAGAGCAAAAUGAAGUGUGUCUGGGUGAUGAUGAUGUUCCUCCACUGUUCCUCCGCUUCUGAAGAGAGGUUUAAGGUUGUGGUUCCAGUUGCUCCUGUUGUCGCUGCAGCUGGCUCUGACGUUGUUCUGCCAUGUUCUGUUCGACGCUCGGCUGAUCAGUCCAGUCUGAGUGCUGUGGAUUUGAACAUUACGUGGACCGGAUCAGACCUGGGAGGCGCUGUAGUUCAUUUCUAUGGAGAUCAUAAAGACAUGAACGCCGGGCAGAUUCCUCAUUACAGAGGGAGAACAGCUCUGUUUAAAGAGGAGCUACAGAACGGCGACGCCUCACUGAGACUGAGUGAAGUUAAUCUUCGUGAUGAAGGAAAGUACAGAUGUCGUGUUGACUCUGACUACUUUGAUGAUGAGGCCUCUUUUGAUCUGAAAGUUGAAGUUAUUGGAGAGCGUCCAGUGAUCACCUUGGAGAGCUAUGAUAGGAACUCAGAGGAGUUCAGUUUACUGUGUGAGUCUAAAGGCUGGAGGCCUCAGCCUGAUCUUCAGUUGCUGAACAGUAAAGGAGACAUUCAGACUGCAGGAGUUCCAGAGUCACAGAGACACGCUGAGCUGUUCAAUGUGAAACGACGCUUCACUGUACAUAAGAACAACAUUGACACGUUCUACUGCAGAGCCACACUGGGAAAACACAGGAUGGAGGAAGAGAUCAAACCUAGUGUCUUCUAUGGUGAGUUACUCCACACAGCGGAAAACACUCUGAAUCAGCACAAGAACUCUCUGAACUCUCCAAGAAGGAGCGAUUUUAAAAUUGUUUAUAUUUAA